CAAUAUCAUGACUUCAUCACCACGAUAUUUUCACCAUCAUCAUCACUACCAUUAUCAUCAUCACUACCAUCACCAUCAUCACCAUUCUUUCACAAAUCACCAAUAUCGUGUAUCUUUGCUCGCAGGAAGAAACACUAAAACGUGGCUACACCAUGGAGAAAUUCCCCAGAGAUCGUUUGGUAUUCAAAGAAAAAAUCGGAGACGGCCAAUUCGGGGAAGUGCAUAUAGCAGAGGCUGAUAUACGAGAUCUAAAUGCACAAUUUGGUGAAGAAUACACAGGCAAAACCAAAAUAACAGUCGCAGUUAAAACCCUAAAGGGGGACGUACAGAAAGAUGCCAAGACUGACUUCUUUAAAGAGGUUCGAGUCAUGUCAAGAUUACAGCAUGAGAACGUGGUUAGACUCUUGGGCGUUUGUCGAGAUGAUCCCAUUUGCAUGAUAGUCGAGUAUAUGGAAAAUGGAGAUCUGAAUCAGUUCCUUAAAGGUCACGUGUUAGAAGACGACCAUGACGUGAUGAUAUACGCGAACACGAAACAGCCAAUCAGCUACGAGGAGCUGAUUUACAUUGCGUCACAGGUUGCAGCCGGGAUGAAGUAUUUUGCUGCAAUGAAUUUUGUCCAUCGUGAUCUGGCUGCACGAAAUUGUCUGGUGGGCGAGGGAUUAACUGUGAAACUGGCGGACUUUGGUAUGUCACGUCUGUUGUAUUCGAAGCAUUAUUAUCGUGUGCAAGGUCGUGUCAUGUUGCCCAUACGAUGGAUGGCACCAGAGAGCAUAUUUCAAGGUAUGAAGAAUGAGUAUUUCUUAAAAUGGUAUUAUGAGGUAUGGUAUGGUAUGCUGUGGUAUGGCAUGUUAUGGUAUGGCAUGGUAUGGUAUGGUAUGGUAUGCUGUUGUAUUGUAUUGUGUAGUGUGGUAUGGGGUUAUUGAAAGACCUCUAGGGAGAAAAGAUAGAACUGAUAAAGCUAUCCUUUAUAAAUUAAGUUAAGUUUAGUCAUUGAGACCAUUACUUUUACCAUCCCUAGGUCGUUUCACAACACAAACAGAUGUGUGGUCAUUCGGUAUAACGUUAUGGGAAAUCUUCACUUUGGCUCGAGACUUUCCUUAUCCAAACCUGGCCGACGAGCAAGUCAUUGGCAACGCCAAGACCGCUUUCACUAAAGGUGGCACUGGAGUGAUUUACAAUGACAAACCAGACGUGUGUCCUCAAGACGUGUUUGAUAUGAUGUUAUCAUGUUGGAGCAGUGAUCCUGUAGAGCGGCCUGAUUUCAAUACGUUGUAUGAUUUCCUCAUGAGUAAGGUAGGAUCUGUACAGUCAGUUGUUGUGUGAGAUGGUAAAAUAGGGUGACUGUAGGGUAACUGUAGGGUAAAAUUUUGGAUAACACUAUAGUUGUGGUAUAGUACUGUAAUAGUAGUGCAAUGCUGUAGUAUAUAGUUUAUAGUAUAUUGUAUGUAGUGCUUUUGUUCAAAAAUGGUUAUGCAAGCAUAAAAAAUUUAGCUUGAAACUAUACUGCAAUACUGUAGUAUAUAGUUUAUAGUAUAUUGUGUGUAGUGCUUUUGUUCAAAAAUGCUUAUGCAAGCAUAAAUAAUUUAACUUCAAACUAUACCACAAUACUGUGGUAUAUAGUUUAUAGUCAUACUGCAGUGCUUUUGUUUAAAAAUGGUUAUGCAAGCAUAAAAAAUUUAACUUGUAAUUAUAGGAUUUGAAAAUUGCCAAUUUUUAUGUUAUGAAGUAUCACGAAGCUUUGACUUCAUAAACUUAUGAAUAAUUUACUUGGCUAGUGCCUCGUUUUCAACACACUUUUCAAAAUUUUAAACCACCAUAAUAAAAUACCCUUUAAGAUAUGUUAAAAGGUGUAUCGUUUCCAUACAUUAAUAUCAAAUACUUUAACAAACGAAUUUUCUGCGUAACCAUUUUAAACUGCAUAAUGUUUGGGUAUAUAUGCUCGUAUAAUUACAAAUACGGCAAAAGUUGUGAGCGCAAAAGACACUAAUUGUGGUUUGUUGAACAACUGUAAUUGAUGUACUGUUUUUGCCGCUAUUAUAAAAUUGUGGCAGUUUUUUCGGUGAUAUAGGCCAAUGCCCCAUUUUUGGCGGUUUUUGCACUAUAGGAUGUAACUUGUUGUGUUAAUUGAAAAAGUUGGACAAGAAAUAAAUAUACCUGGUAUCCGAUGAGUAUUAUAGAAAAAAAAUAGUUAAACUACACCGCAAGUAUACUGCUUGAACAUGCAAUGCAUGUUUGCAAAACCUUUACAGAAGAAUUUAGUAAUGCACAAGUAUUCGCAUUUUUGUAAACUUUUAAUUGUAUUGCUUAUAUAGAAAUAGUUUUAAAAUGUACAUGAACUUUGGUAAAUCUGGGGGAUAGUUUUAUGUGGAUGCAUGUUAAGGCAUUAACAAACCUUGAACGAAUAUAGUACCAACUAGCAAAUCCCAGUAUUUAUUAUAAGUCUAAGUAAUGUUUUGUAAAUGUAAAUGUAAAGUGCUAAGUCGGGAUGGUUUUAUGUAUAUGUAGAUUAUUGUUGGGCUUAGUAGUCUACAAUGAAUAAUAUCAACAUAAUAGAAUCUAAGUAAUAUUUUGUAAAUUUAAUGUUUCGUCUAAUUUAGUGCCAAUAAAUAAGAUUUAUUUGCAGUUCUAUUGUCGU